UUUACUAUACAUAGGUACCUAGUUGUAAAAAAUAAGAAACAAAAUAAAAUUACUUUUAAUAAUGCGUAAAUUUAUUGUAUAUUGAUAACCACAAAACGUUGUUGCUGUGAAUCACCUGAAUAUGGAGGCAAAUGAUGAUAUAUUUGAUACAACGAAACUGUCGUUCGCUGGAGACUUCGACAGCCAAAUCCAGGAGCUGAUGCAGUAUGUGCGGUUGACACGGGAUGAGGUGGAACAGCUGCAAACAUUGCUGGAUGAUCUUGAACACACACUUCACUCAGAGUGGCCAGAUUGCAAGAUUUAUGCUUUUGGAUCUAUUAUUACUGGACUCGGAAUAAAAACAAGUGAUGUAGACUGUUACGUAGACUUGCCCGCGUGGCAGGGACCACCAGAUGAGGUGUGCGUGAGGAGAGCUAGAAAAAUAUUGGGCUGGAGACGUAACAUAUUCCAAAAUGUCUUUGCAAUUACACAUGCAAAAGUCCCAAUAGUGAAGUUUUAUCAUAUGCCGACGGGACGAAAUUGUGAUGUCAGUUUUAAAAGUCCAGCCGGAGUCGAGAACAGUAAACUACUAGCAUAUUGGUUACAAAGCGACAGUAGAAUCCUACCUUUGACUAUCACUAUUAAGUAUUGGUCAAAAGUACACAAUCUUACCGGUACAAAUCUAAUGACAAAUUAUUCAUUGAUUUUACUUGUGGUGUUCUACUUGCAGCAAAAAAAUAUUCUCCCUUCGGUGCAGUUCCUGCAGAAAAAAGUACAGAAGUUUUUUAUUAACUCAUGGAAUGUAGCAUUCAAUGCUGAAAACCAUGUAAACACCAACGAGGAAUCCCUUUUCCAGCUGCUGAAAGGGUUCUUUGAGUAUUACAGCACAUUCGACUAUGAAAAAUUUAUUGUGUGUCCUUAUUUAGGCAGACUUGUAGAAAAGAAAUUAUUUAACCAUCUAGAGACUGUACCUAAUGAUUUUGCGUUAUACAAAGAUAAUGUUUACUCCCAGGACUGUGAGCCGAUGAGGCUCGAUUCAUUUAUGUGCAUCCAGGAUCCGUUUGAACAUAACAGGAACUGUUCGGUGGCCUUGUACCCGAAGUUAGCGAAUACGAUUGUAGCUAGUUUCAAAAUAGCGGUUCAUGUGGCAAACGACGUAAAUAACUUCCUAAAGAGUAUACUGACGAGGACAAUAAAUGUUGGUGCGAAGAAAAAGAAGAACAAAGGCCGAGGAAUUGUGAAAAACAAAAAUAAAAGACCACACAAUUUGUCCCAACACAUCAUUACACAUAUCACCAAAAACAGAUUUAGGUAGGACACCAUGGGAGUUUGGAUAUAAUGUGAUCUCUUUUUCCGAUGAUGAAGAAGUUAUGGGUGCUGUGUAGGCUUACUAAAAAUGAGAAUUUUAGUGAAAUGAGCAAAUGCAUAUCAAUCUUUGGACAAUAGUUACAAUAAAGUAUAGCCAAAGCAAUGGGACACGAAGAAAUUAAGAAACUGUGAGUCAUGAGUGUGCCUUGUCUCACAAUAAUAAUUUUGAUGUCAAUUAUCUUGCUAUUUUUAUGUUUAAAUAAAAUAACAAUCAUUUUUAACAAAAAUUUAUUUGGUGUUAAGUUACAGUGAUUUUGUUAACAACUCAUUGUGUUAUAAUUUAUAAAACGCUACUUAAAUACCUUAAUAUAUACCUAAGUUACAGAAUGUAAUACAGUAUUUCGGUGGGACAUAUUGUGAUGCAGACAAUAAUAUUUUAUUGUUUUUUU